AGCCCCAAGAGGGGCAGGACUGCAGGAGGUCCAAGAAUAUAUCUCAACAAAUCUACAUGGCAGCAAUUCGGGCUAGAGAGAAACGGAGAGAAAGAAGUGGUUUCCGUCCUAUCGACAGUUUGGCCGGAUCCUACGUGCAUACAUAUACAAGAGUAUAUUAGAGUAAUACAAUAUUAGAAAAGUGUUAUUUCUACAGAAAGGAAAUGGAUAAGGUACAGGAAAUGUUAAAUUCCAGAUUGAUUUUAGAUGGCAAACAUCUUGAGCUGUCAAAUAAUUAUAAGAAUCUAAAGACUGAUCUGGAACGUAUAGUAUUUACGUUGAAUGUACUGCAAGAAUAUGAUAUAGUUCCUAAUGCAACUGGUAUGCCAAAAAAUGCCAAAGAAUCUGAGCAAUUGCGCGAACAAGGCAAUAAAGUUUUUGUCAAAGGCGUCCUCAAUAAUAUGACAUGCAUCGAUGCAUUGAAAUUAUAUACAAAGAGUAUAGCCUUUGCGCCUUAUCCAUCUGAGCAACUUGCUCUUGGUUACGCCAAUAGGUCGGCAGUUUUGUUUCAAUUGGGCUUAUAUUUGGAGUGCAUUCAGGACAUUGACCGAGCACUAGCCUUAAAUUAUCCUGACAAUUUAAGAGCAAAGCUUUAUCUACGUAAGACAGAAUGCUUGAUGAUUUUGGGCAAUCAGUCUGUGGAAGAUAUACUUACGGAGGCACAGCAGUGGUUAGACAAGAUGUCUUUGAAUGACGCAAGUCGAGAGAAGCUGAAAGCAAAAUUUGACAUUUUACACAAUAAGACUGUAGAGACACAACGUGCUCUGAAUAAAACAACAAAGAUAUUGGAACCUCCACCUCUUCCCACUCAGUUUCACAACAACGAAGUUCCUUGUGCGUCGGAUGCAGUAGCCAUAAAAUAUAAUAAACGUUACGGCAGACACAUUGUCGCUACUCGUAACAUUAAGCCAGGAGAAGUGAUUGCUUUAGAGAAACCUUACUCGUUGCUAUUAAUACAAGAGAAUGUGCAAACGCAUUGCUCAAAUUGUUUAAGAGUUUGUUGGGCAAACAUACCCUGUAACUAUUGCACCUAUGCGAUGUAUUGUUCGGAAGAGUGCAGAAAUAUUGAAUGGAAAAAAUGUCAUGACAUAGAAUGUACCGUCUUUCCUGCUUGGAUCGAAUAUUCCUCCUAUAAUCUCGAUUUGUUUAGCAUAAGGCUUGCCGUGCUGGCUCUAAGAGAAGCUGGUGGUUUCAAGGAAUUAAGGGCAAUGCUAAAACAAGUUGAUCAACACGAUGAUCCACGAACAAAAGGUUUUUCUCCAGAUGGAAAAUUACAUAGCGAUAGAUACAUUAGCGUGUAUAGUCUUGCAACGAAUACUGAGCUAAGAUCCGUAUCCGAUCUCUUCAGAAGGUCUUUGGAUACGUGCUUUAUUUUAUACUUUUUGGCAACGCGUACUGUGAUAUUUGGUGCUAAAUUACCAGAGGAUUUAAGUGCAUUGGCGCAAAACGAUGACAUUACGUUCUUUGGCGAUCUUAUUUUAAAACAUCAACAAAUAAUUCCCAGCAAUAUGCAUACGUUUGGCGAAACGCAAGGUUUAGAGUGUGUAGAACGUGGUAUAGCCGCGAUGCCAUUUCUAAGCUUGUUUAAUCACAGCUGCAGUCCAAAUAUAUUCAGACACUCAAGACCUAAGCACAUAGUGAUAUAUGCCAUGUAUCCCAUUCAAAGGGGCGAGCAGUUAUUCGACAAUUAUGGCACACACUAUGCCAUUACAUCAAGAGCAAUGAGACAACAGAAACUACGCAAACAGUAUUAUUUCACCUGUGAUUGCAUACCUUGCCAGGAAGAUUGGCCUUUAUAUCAUCAAUUACAGUCGUUCAACACUCUAGUGAAGAAACCAGAGGAUAAGGUUAAGAUAAGGGAGACGUUAAGGAAAUUUAACACAUAUGUUGAUUUAGCAACAGACGGCAUGGUGCAGGAUAAACCUUACAUUAUUGAAGACCUCCUGAAAAUGGUACAAGUACUGCACGAUUGCGCUCCGAUGCCUUGCGACGAAAUGAGUAGCGUCAUCGAGACAUUAAAACGAAUAUACGACUUGAACGGGAAUGUACGCGAGAUACCACAAGUACAGACGUGUCACAAGUAAACAUGUUGUAUUUUUCACUGAUAAUAUUGUUACCAUCUUUAUUUACUAUAUAAUAUGAUUAAUAGCAUGAAGAAACACAUUUUACAAAAAUUCCUAGAGAGAAAAUAAUAAUUCUUUUUACAUAUGACAUAUACGUAGGAAUAAAGCGAUGCAGUAGCCUCGUCAUGUCACGUAGUUUUUGUUCUACGAAAGAUAUUUUUUCAAGAGAUAUUAUUAAGUUUACAGUUAUAUUUAUCAAGUAUAAUAAUUUCAUAUGUGUAAUGUUUUUAACAGAUUAAAAUUAUGAUUGACAA